GCACUGCACUGUCUUUCAACGACUUCGAAAUUGUUGUUGUUCUCGAAGAAUUCCAACCCUUUUCAAACGUACCUCUCCGACUUUGAUUCACAUAUCCAAAAUGCCUCUUACGGGACACUGCCUCUGCAAGGCCGUCACCUACAAGGUGGACGUCGAUGCCCCUCUCAUUACGGGCUACGACCACUGCGACGAUUGCCAGCGCCAGAGUGGCUCAACAUACUCCCUCGUCGCCGUUGUCCCCAAGGAUAAGCUUACCAUCAACGGCCCUACAAAGAGCUGGGCAGGCAAGGGCUCAUCAGGCAAGGAUGUUCACCGCAUCUUCUGCUCCGAGUGUGGCUCGCCAAUUGCUCACGACCCCGAUGCGGCCCCAGAGAUCAUCGCUCUCAAGGCUGGUACCCUCGAUACUGAGAUUAAGAAGAACCUGAAGCCGGACACCGAGAUUUGGACCGUCGGCAAGCUGCCUUUCUGCCAGGAGAACUUGGCAAAGCCCUUCAAGCACAUGCCCGAGUAAAUUCAGGCGCACGGAAAAUCGAAUGGAGUUGAGAUGCACGUAAGAUGGGAUAUACCCCUAGGUCCUUGGAUGAAGGGUCUGGGACCCAAAUUAUAUGCUGUGCGUUGAAGGGAACAAGAGUAGCACGGAUGAGUUGGAUGUGGGAAAUUUGU